CUAUGAAAUCGUGGGUAAUUUGCCCCCGGGCAAGAACUUAAAAGGAAAUACUCCACGAAGGGCUCAAAAUAUCUGGGAGUUAGCCCUCAUCAGACUCUUUGACUUAAAGCCCUUACAGACUCCUGGAGAAAUUUGCCUCAAAUUCAACGAGCGUGAGCGUUGGGAGUCGGCCCCUAAACACCCUAAAAGCCACGUGCCAUGUCCACACUGUUGUCCUGCAAGUCAACACUUCGGUCAAAUGAAACCCUUUCUCCGCCAUAGUCCGCGUGCUCGGACCAGCUCUUCGUAAAAACUGCGCAGAGACCCAGUGAGUCCUGAGGAAUCUAAAGUCAAACUGACAUGAUGGCAACCCAAGCGAAACGACCCAAGAUCGGUGACGGUCCAGCGAUGAAUCCGCUGCAGGACUUUCUACGGUGGUGCAACACAGUCGGCUUGGUUCUCUGCAACAAGGUGUGUGUGAGCAAAGAGGGGACCGUGGCAGAGUACGGGAUGCUGGCCACGGACGACAUUGAGGAGGGAGAGGUUUUAUUCACCGUCCCCCGAUCGGCUCUCCUCCACCAGGACACCACAGCGGUCUCCGUCGUGCUGGAGAAAGAGAGGUCCUCUCUGGAGAGCCCGUCCGGUUGGGUCCCCCUGCUGCUGGCUCUGCUCUAUGAAUACACGUCUCCGCAGUCCCACUGGAGACCCUACCUCUCUCUGUGGACCGACUUCAAGACACUGGACCACCCCAUGUUCUGGUCUAAGGAGGAGAGGGACAAACUGUUGAGGGCAACAGGUAUUCCAGAGGCUGUGGACACCGACCUGGCUAACAUUCAGAGGGAAUACACUGACGUGGUCCUUCCCUUCAUCGCCAAGCAUCCCGACCUGUGGAACCCUGACACUCACACACUGGACCUCUACACCCAGCUGGUGGCCUUCGUCAUGGCCUACAGUUUCCAAGAGCCACAAGAGGAGGAGGAGGAGGAGGAGGAUAGUGACGACGACGACGACAAGGCCCCAAACCCACCAAUGAUGGUUCCCAUGGCCGACAUGCUUAACCAUGUGUCUAAUCACAAUGCUAAUCUGGAGUUUACACUGGACAGUUUGAAGAUGGUUUGCGUGCGCCCGAUCCGCAGAGGCGAAGAAGUGUUUAACACCUACGGCCAGAUGGCCAACUGGCAGCUGCUGCACAUGUACGGCUUCACGGAGCCUCAUCGGGGGAACAGCAACGACACCGCCGACAUCCCCGUCCGCAACUUCUACAAGGUCGCCGCACAAGGUGCUCAGUCCGAACUGGACCGGCAGCUGGUGGAGGAGAAGGAGGUGGUGCUGCGUCAGGUGAUGCAAGAGAAGGAAGCCUUUGUCUUUGGGAAAGAAGGCUGCCUUACAGACUCAGAGCUACAGAGUGCGCUCAAGGUGCUGUGCAUGUCAAAGGAGGAUUUCUCAGAGUUUAAAGACAACGAAGGAUGGGAGGAAGAUGAGGACGAAGACGUUUCUCUUGCUUUCUCUAACGAGGGUCUGCCUGGAUUGAAGGCUUCCUGGAAGUGGCUCAUCCACAGGGCUGCAGGUCUGACUCUGAAGUCCUACGAGGAGGAGCAGGAUGUGAAGAGCGACCAGGAGCUGAUGGAGGACAGGGUGGCGUUUGAAGGACUGAGCAGCAGGAAGCGUAACGCCCUGCAGGUGCGCUGUGGACAGAAGAGCAUCCUGCACAGGCUGAUGGAGCUCACUGGCUCGUGACUCCGGCUGUAGAGAACUUUUCUUAAAUGUUUAUCACUGGCAAUAAAAGUUGUUUUUCCUGAAGGCAUCAUUUGCAAAUUUAAAUACAAACACUUGAGAGAAGCAAAUUGUAGAAGCAUGAGCAGAUUUUUUUAAGAUCACCCUUCUGACUGUAAACAGUAGCCAUCAGGUACAUUACAAGCCAACAUCUAUUCUAAGGUACUUUCGGUGGGAAAAUUGAAUAGUGGUUUGAAAGGGCAACAUUUGCAGCUGGUAUUAGUAACUUGAUGGUUUACACCUCACGGGUUGGGAGAAUAGCCGAAAAAGGUAAAAUCUGGAUAAGAGUUUCUCCUCUUGAAAUUUUCUAGUCUACAAAUCUUAAGCAAAAGACAGCAUGUUCUCUGGAUAAACCCAACAAAGUGUCAGUUUUUCGAAAGUAGGAACACAUUGUGUUUGGUGAAACUCAUUUAAACCUUGAUUACAACUUUAAUGAACAAGAUAUGUUAACCAUAUAUAGGAAUGAACGGCAUAACAUUCGUCCUGAAUGAACACAGAUGGCUUGCAGUUUGAAUGCUUUAUUUACUGUAUGUAUGCAUACUGCAGUUAAGUAGCAAGAACUAAAGGCAAACUAGAAAGGACUACAAAAUACAACACAUGGACCAAUACAUUUACAAAACAUUCAAAAUGU